GUUUACGUGGUUUGGAAUGUGUCCCUGAUUUAGUGAUUUGGAGAGGGAGGGGGCGCAAUGGAUGGAUGGGUAUAAAUACUUGGGUUCUUUUCUCUCUUCUUUAGAGGUGGUCUUUAGGUGCUUUUAAAAGCAAGACAUACUUGUUCUUUUUCCAUUUGGGUUUUAUUUAUUUAUCUGGGCUGGUUCGAGUACUACUCUAUAUUCCAGUCAUCACUCUCUCUUACGUACUCCUCACUCUUUCUCGAGUAUACACCUAUAUACCAGUCCUAUCUCUUCCUACUAUCACAACACAACCAUUUAAAUCCUACUACUCUACACAUCUACACAACCAAAAUGCAUCUCCACACAGACCUCGACGUCGACACCACCACCACCCCCUCCACCCUCAUCAACAUCACCACCGCCACCUCAGCAACCAAACCUACCACAACCACCACAACAACUCUUACCGAACUCACCUCCACAACCCCAUCCCCACCCCCCACAACCACCCUCACCAGUGGUACCGCUAAACCCCUCUACUUCGCAUACGGCUCCAAUCUCUCCCCCACGCAAAUGUCCUCCCGUUGCACCGCCCUCCCCUCCUCGUCCAUCCCGCUCGCCAUCGCCCGCCUCCCCAAAUGGCGCUGGCUGAUCCACGAGGGUGGCUACGCCAACGUCGUGCCUCCCGUUGAGAUGUGCGUCUCGAAGCAGCAAGCCGAGUGCAUCUCGACCGGCGAGGUGGGUGUUGCUGGCGGUGCUGACGAGGAUGCCGUGUACGGUGUGUUAUAUGAUAUGGGAGAGGAGGAUGAAAGGAUCCUCGAUGGGUAUGAGGGCGUCGAUUACUCAGCUCCGGAUGCUGCUGAAGAAGGGUCGGUGGACGGCAUGGUGAGGGAGAAGGAGCAGGGUCAUGGGAGUUAUAACAAGUGGGUUGUGGAGGCAGAGGUGGUUAAGUGGAUGAAUGUUGAUGGGAAUGAGGCUAAGACGGUGCCCGUGUUGGUGUAUGUGGAUGAGGUGAGGGUGCGGAAUGGCCCGCCUAAGGCGGAGUAUGUUCCCAGGAUGAAUCGGGCGAUUCGCGAAUCGGUGGCCCUUGGGUUGCCUGCUAAGUGGGCGGAGGAGGUUAUGAGGCCGGCUAUUCCGUUGAAUUAGCUGGGUUGAUAUAGAAUAGACAUAGAUGUCUUGCUAGAUCUUCUAUAAUAUAAGCAUAGCGUAUUAUUACAUUU